ACAAAUUGCCGCGUGCAUAUAUCAAUAUAUAGUACGAGUAUUAUAUAUCAUGUCAAAUCCUCAGUUCCAAACCAUUCUAUGUUAUAUAUAAUAUACAUUUACAAUUUUAUGUUAGUCUGUCUUUAUUCCCACAAGUGGAUUCAUCUACAAAACGGGGAAUAGCCAAAACAGAGGGCAGAUUAUAAGAGAACUGGACAUUCCUCUUAGAAGGAGAGAAAAGAGAUGGUGAGAUUGAGAGAAUCAGAAGUGAUCCUGAGACUCUGUAUCGUCUUUCUUCUUAUACUUACUUCUGUUCUGAUAGGUUUCGAUUCUCAGACCAAAGAUAUUGCUUAUAUCCACAAGAAAGUCACUUUCAGAUACUUGUUUGCUCUAGAGAUUGAGUUGUACAUAAAUGUUGUGGUUGCUGCAUAUAAUAUCGCUCAAUUAGGGUUUGGUUGGUACGGUGUUGCACAAAAAACCUCCAAUUCUAAAUGGCUCUCUUACCUCUUGGAUCAGACGGCGGUGUACGUGGUGUUCGCCGGGGUAUCUGCGGCGGCACAACACUCAUUGCUGGUGGUGACUGGUUCCAGGGAGCUUCAGUGGAUGAAGUGGUGCUCCAAGUUCACAAGGUUCUGCUUUCAGAUCGGAAGUGCCAUCAUCUUAAACUACAUCGCAGCGAUGCUCAUGAUCAUCCUCUCCUUCAUCUCCGCCUUCAGCCUCUUCCGCCUUUACUCCCCUAAACGUUAUUUUCAGUUCAAGUCCUCCUCCUAAUUAUUUACUCUGUUAAAUCCUUUUCUUAAUCCAAAAUAAUGUUGAUUAAUGCGAAGAAUAUGAUUAUUGAUUCGUCUCUAAUAUAAUUUUGUAUCUUGAAGUAAAUGCAAAAUUUUCAUGCAUAAA